AUGUACAAGUCACAAGAAACGCUGAAUGGUUUUAAUAAAUUGUCACAAGAGAAUGCUGUUCAGCAACCUCUAGAUCAAGAAAACGCCAAUCUGCCGGAAAAAACUGUUCCACAAGAGAAUGCUGUUCCACAAGAGAAUGCUGUUUUGCAAGAAAAGUCUGUUCCACAAGAGCAUGCUGUUCCACAAGAGAACUGUAUCCGACCAUUCUCAGAGGGAGAGAAAAAGCAAACAAUAAGCGAGGAACCCAAACCGAUUAAAGAGAUGCGUUUUCAUCGCCAAGAAGAAACCCAAUUUAAAAAAUCGGACCACCUGCUAUUACAUCGCAAAAAGUCGAAUGAAUCGAUUUCAUCUUCCUCGUCAAGUUCAACUGGGAAUAGCGAUAUAUCAGAAAUGUCUUUGACAAGUGGAUAUCAUAGAGAACAUAAUGAAUGUACAGAAUUUUGUAUAGAAUUUUUCACCUGUUUUGGAGUUGUUAACUGCUAUCCAAAAGAUGGCGCUGGAUGUCUAACCACCGUUGCUACGUUUAUUGGAAAUUUAAUAUUUUCCUGCUGUAAGUGUUAG